ACCUCGGUCACUGCCUCUAGUUCCGCCGGAUGCCCAGCCCUUGUCUCGUUCUGCAUCUACACCUACGCACUUGCACUACACCACUCAUCUGCAUACCCUGUCCAACGUGCGCCCGUUUCUACAUCUUCCCUACCUCUCAACCUAGUCUCUUCGACUAUCUAUCUACCCGAAGCGACCAUCAUACUCGACGACCGCUCCAACUUACUCCGAGUUGGAACUGUAGCAUACUGUAAUUCAGUCUCACUCGUACACCCAGCAUCAUGAGCUCUUCAUCUAUCAAGCAGGCAGCUGAGGCCGCACGAACUCGCACUUCAGAAGUUCUGAAGGGAGAUGGUGCUGCUGUCGCCAAUGACUUCCUCCACACUCCUAUCAUGAGGGCAGCGCUGCCCUUCAUCAAUGGCGGUAUCAGCGGCAUGGUAGCCACCUCUGUCAUUCAACCCGUCGACAUGAUCAAGGUCCGCAUCCAGCUCGCAGGCGAGGGUGUUGCCGGAGGACCCAAGCCCACACCAUUGUCAGUUACCAGAGAAAUUCUUGCCAGCGGAAAGGCCCUCGAUCUCUAUACCGGUCUGUCGGCCGGUCUCCUGCGCCAAGCUGUCUACACAACGGCCCGCUUGGGCUUCUUUGACACCUUCAUGGGCAAGCUCGGCCAACGGGCCAAGGAACAAGGAAACGCGAUUGGCUUCAAGGAACGUGCCACCGCAGGUCUCACAGCUGGAGGUCUCGCCGCCAUGAUUGGAAAUCCUGCCGACCUUGCUCUCAUCCGCAUGCAGAGUGACGGACUGAAGCCCCUGGCUGAGCGCAAGAACUACAAGAGUGUCAUCGACGCUCUCUCAAGCAUCGCAAAGUCUGAAGGUGUUGCCGCUCUCUGGGCCGGUGCCGCUCCCACGGUUGUCCGUGCGAUGGCUCUCAACUUUGGUCAGCUCGCCUUCUUCAGCGAGGCCAAGGUGCAGCUCAAGGAAAACACGCAGCUGUCCUCUCAAGUACAGACUCUCACCGCCAGCGCUAUUGCCGGAUUUUUCGCCAGUUUCUUCUCUCUGCCCUUUGACUUCGUCAAGACCCGUCUACAGAAGCAGUCCAAGGGUCCCGAUGGCAAGCUUCCGUACAAGUCAAUGGCCGACUGCUUCGCAAAGGUGGCUAAGCAGGAGGGCGUAAUGCGCUUCUACCGCGGUUUCGGUACUUACUACGUCCGCAUUGCUCCCCAUGCAAUGGUAACACUCAUCGUUGCCGACUACCUGGGCUUCAUCACCAAAUAGACGGACUACGAGCAG